AGCAACCAAAUGUGUGGUUGACGGAAUUCCCACUAUUUUGGUGGAUGUCCCAGGCUUUGACGGUGCAACGCCUGCCAUCAUGAUAUCGAUAUUGUGUAUGAUUUCCAACUGGCUUAGCAAUUCGAACAAGAGCAAGGCCCUUAUUUCGGCUGUUUUACUCUUCCAUUCCAUAGUCGACAACCGCAUGCGUUGGGUGCCUCGGGAGUUCUUCGAUCGCUGUAGGGAGUGGUUCGGAGAUGAACUUGCGCCUCAGGUCAAAAUCGACUUGGUCACUACGAUGUGGGACGUGGUUGACAAGGCUGGCAACGAGAGAUUUGUAGAACUUGAGGGAAAUUAUUGGAAACCAAUGCUCGACGACGGAUCUACAAUAUUCCGUUAUUGGAACACUUCAGAGUCGGCUAUGGAGUUGCUUCGAGCGGUCGUGUGCAAGAAAUCAAAACAAAUCCAACCGGCGGGGGUUGAGGUUGCUAGUAUUGCUAGAGCACGUCAACCACCUGGGACUGGUGACGACAUUCGUUGUGAAGUACCUCGCACUCUACCGAAUUGGACCACAGACCCGUCUCCGAGUCGUUGCCAUGCUCCUCGUGAGGCCAUUGGAACGUCAGGGGCCUUCCUUCUUUCAGAACCAGGUGGGAUACGUGAUCAUAGCGAGUUGGCGAUGCCACAAGCACUAGUAGCAGCCAGCGCGCAACCGAAAGUCGACCCAAAUGGCACUGCAAUACAACCGCCGCAGGAAGCUGUCCAUGAAGCCCAUGAGGUCCAGCUUAAUGAGUUGAGCUCGCAAGACAUACUCAUUCUGAUAAUUGGUCCAGUGGGGUGCGGCAAAAGUUCGUUUAUAGGCAAGGCCAUUGGGAGUGAGGAAGGCAUAGGGCAUACCCUAUGUGCCGGCUCCCAUACAAGAGAAAUCCGCGCGACUAGAUGCACUAUUGGAAACUUCACCAACGCAGUUUUGUUGGACACGCCUGGCUUCGAUAAUAUGAGCACAUCCGAGAAGCGGAUAUUGGACAUGGUAUACAGGUCACUCACAGAAGUACACAAAGACCGGAUCUUCCUCUCAGCUAUCUUGUUGUUCCAUCCUAUAACUGACAAUCGUUUACGUUGGACACCCUUGAGACACCUCCAACUCUUUCAGAAGUUAUGCGGAAAGGAAGCCAUGGCUCAGACGGGCCUGGUCACCACGAUGUGGGACGAGGUCGACGAGGAUGUUGGCAACGAGAGGGUGGCAGCUUUGAGAAGUCACUAUUGGAAAGCCAUGAUUGCACAGGGAUCUAGGACAUACCGCUUUUGGAACACUCGGGACGCAGCUAGGGGGCUGCUUCAAGAAGUAAUAAUCAGGAGUCAAGAGCAAUAUCAUUCGAUGCUAAGGCAAAAAAUAUUGGAGUUGAAGACAUACAAGGGGACUAUUGCCGCACAAAAGUUAUGUUCUCGUUUGGAACAGCUGUCCGAAAGGCGGCUCGAAAUUACGCGGGAGCUCCACUCAGAGGAAGACGGAGCUGCGAGCCAGAGGUCCAAGGAAGCCCUCGUGAAAGAGUAUGCUGAGGUGGGAGCUGAAUUGGACACCACGUUGAAUCAGGCGCAAGUCCUCAAACACUCACCUACCUUACCACCCCUCCGCAGAUUACUCAAGCCGAAGGUAUCGAAUCUUAAAUAUACGUAGGACGUCAGUUUGGUUCUGUACACGAAUAGGUGGCUAGGCGUCAACCUACCGUUGCUGGGUAUGGGCCCUUGUGUUCAGCUGCCUCGCUUUUCCCCUUUGUUCUCCCGCGAGCGUGCGGAGGAUUGCUGUAGAGCUUUGGCCCGACGAUGACACGUUUCCGACUAGAUAUCGAUUGUUUUGACUGCUCCACUCAGUUUCUCAUUCUUGUUUCCGCAUGUCUAACGGUUAACAACCUUAUGCACGAUCUCUACAGUAUCGAAGGGCUUGUAUCUCAUAGCGUACUCGUGCCAUCUGGAAGAGCCGAGUAGCGUUUAAGAAAGAUCCUUGUGUCAUUGUCACCAGAGUGCGCACCCCGGUGGGGAUGCAGACGCUGUAGUUACCUGAC